UAAAGUCCGCGCGUGGCUUUUGGCAAAGUCGCCCCCAGCGCUCCGUUUAGCUUUCUCCACGCGGUCUGCUGGCUCUUCCCAGUAGGAACGGUCCAUUUCCUCGCCAUCCCUGCACAGGGGCCGUGCUGCCGCGCCGUUUGUGACUACCUGAGCAGCCCCGGGCUGCCCUUUUCUUCCCUUCACCUUCCGGAAGCCUGCAGGGACUGAAUGCGGUUGCCGGCGGCCUCUGCAACCGGCCCGGGACGCAUCGCUUGGUGAGCGCCCUGGAGGAGAAGGCGGGAGCCGCGCGGCGCGAGCCAUGGCUGAGGGGCUGUCGGCUGCGCGCGCCGGGGACGUCUGGGAAAUCGACGUGGAGAGCCUGGAGGAGCCCGACCGGGUCGACCCGCCGCCGCGUCCCGGAGUGCAGGCUGACGAGGAAGACGAGGAGGAAGAGGAUGAGGCGGAGGACGACGACGACGACGAGGAGGAAGGCGGAGGAGCAGGCGUGGAGGGGCAGCAGGGGCCUCCGCCCCCUCAGCCGCCGCCUCUGCCCGCCGAGCGAGCCGGGCCAGGCGGGGAACUGCAGGCCCGCAAGCUGAGCCGCACGCCCAAGUGCGCGCGCUGCCGCAACCACGGCGUGGUCUCCUGCCUGAAGGGCCACAAGCGCUUUUGCCGCUGGCGGGACUGCCAGUGCGCCAACUGCCUGCUGGUGGUGGAGAGGCAGCGCGUCAUGGCCGCCCAGGUGGCGCUUCGCAGGCAGCAGGCCACCGAGGACAAGAAGGGGCUUACAGGGAAACAAGCUAACUUUGAGCGCAAGACAGUGUACCAGAGGCAUGUCCGAACACCCAGUUUGCUGGCUAAAAGCAUUUUAGAAGGUUAUCGUCCCAUAGCAGCAGAUCCCUACCUUGGAGGGAAUUCACCCUUGCCACCUCCUGUGAGUGACAGGAUGAGAAAAAGGCGAGCUUUUGCUGACAAAGAACUGGAGAAUAUCAUGCUGGAAAGGGAGUAUAAGGAAAGAGAAAUGAUGGAAGCUACCCAAGCUGCUGCCUUUUUUCUGCCUAACCGUAUGGGGCAUGGGUCUGAAUAUAACGCUUACAAAACUGCCUUUAGCCCUAAUCAGAUUGAAGCUCCCAAUAAGGAGUUUUGCAGCUUCUUUCCAACCUGCCUGGAUCUAACGAUGCAGUAUUCAGGUUCAGGGAAUAUGGAACUGAUUUCAUCAAAUGUGAGUGUAGCUACUACCUACAGGCAGUAUCCUUUGCCCUCGAGGUUUCUGGUUUGGCCAAAAUGUGGUCCCCUCAAUGAUGCCCUUCUUUAUCAACAGUGCCUUCUCAAUGCUACUGCAGUCCAACCCCUCAAAUCUGGGGCGGUCUGGGAUUCCAAGGCAUCACAAGGUCAGGAUUGUCCAAACUCUGAAUGUGACAUGUCAUCAAAGACUGAAAACUCAUUCCUGCUUCCUCAUGUUCGAGAAAUUCAGCCGUCUCCAAAUGAGCUCCAUCAGCUCCCCCAGGAGAAUCGUGAAAGAUCAGCCUUCUCACCUCCUAGGAGGACUUUCUCACACAUCUCUGAAAAAGAUACGCUGGCUGCUCAAGAACACUCCCUCAGCAAGAUCAACAAAGAAAGUAACAAGCUGUACCUGUCGCCACCCCCCCUGAAAUAUAGCCCAUUCCAUUCAUUAUUCCAGCAGGCAUUACACAACAAAUCAGGGCCUGAGUUAAAAACAACAUUGGAUGAGGCAUCCAAGAAGUAUACCAUUAAAGAGAACCAAAAAUACAAAUUCACCAUAGACAGAUAUGCAAAAGACAUUUUGGGGACCAAACAAGUUAUCACAAAACUGUCCACAAGUGAGCCACUGUCAUUUUCAGUUGAAUCCAUUCUUAAACGACCUUCUUCAAUGGUCACCAAUGUUACACAAUAGUUAUAUAAUGUGAUCCUGAAAUGACCUAUAUUAGUGUAUUUGCACUUAACAACAUAAUCCUAACCGUAUUUACCAGGAAGUAAAUCCGUUUUGAUUUAGUGGAAAUUAUUUUUAAGUAAACAUAUUUAGGAUUGGGAUGCAUAUUAUUUUAUGCCGCAGUUCAAAACUUACAUGGAAGGAUUUUGCGUUUAUUUUGUUGGAAUUUAUUUCUAAGUUAAAAUGGUUUAGGAUUAUCACAAAGGUUGUCAGUAGGUCUCAAUAACAAUUGUCCUGUCUCUUUAAUAGAAGUUUAAUAAGUUGUGAUUUGCCAGGUGAUGUUAUUUACCUCCAUGCCAUGCAGGCUGAUCCUGCACUGGGCAGGGGGUUGGACUAGAUGGUCUGUAUGGCCCCUUCCAACUCUAUGAUUCUAUGAAAAACUUCAGCUGCCCAUUUCUACAUAUCAAGCAUAUAUUAAAGGGUCAGAACAUUUCCCCCCCCAGACCUGUAGGCAACCCCAAUUACUACUGAGGAUGAUUUCACUGACCUCAGAAGAGCUCCACAGGACUAACCUAUUUUAAUGCAGAUACUCAUCCUUAAAUGAUUUGUAGAUUGGUGGUUCUCACAGGCAUUAUCCUUGCUGUAGGUUAUUUAUAAAGGCACCUACAAUAUAUUUGGUGCUAUAAAGAAAUAAAAAGAACAGGUUUGAGUUUGCGGACUUGCAAUAUGAAAGCUUGAGGUAAAAUAAGAGGGACGUAGGGGAAAAGGUGAUUUCUAUGUUCUUUAUGAAGUUGAUAUCCUUUGUAUCAUUUCACCAAAAUUUUGUAUAAAAUAAUGUAGGGUGUAAAUGGUUGUUUUACAGUGUACAUAAGUAUGCAUGUUUUUCUUAUGAGAAUAAAUAUAUUUAAAAAAUUUUGCAACUAAAACUGAC